AUGGUUAAACCCGUAAUUGGGAGAAAAACUAACAAAAACCCACCAAUUUUAAGCCAUGAAUUUGUUAUACAGAACCAUGCUGAUAUAGUAUCAUGUGUUGUUAUGGUAUUCCUGGUCGGGCUUAUGGUACAGUCUACAAGCCCAAUAGCAAGUCUCUUCAUUAGUUUACACCAUAAUGUCAGUGGAGUUGAACCAACCAGAGAAGCUCCCAAAGGAGAACCAUUUUUAUAUGAAUCGGGAUGGAAAGAUGGAUGUGCAGUUUUCUUUUAUUCACUUGUUUGCAUUGUAAUGCAUGCAAUAAUACAAGAAUACUUUUUGGAUAAAAUAUCAAAAAAAUUUCAUUUGUCAAAAUCUAGGCUGAGUGCACUAAAUGAAUCUGGACAGUUGGUUGUAUUCCAAUUGAUGACUCUAGUAUGGGGUGGUGAUGCUAUCUUAAGAGAAGGAUUCCUCUUUAACAUCCCUCAGUUAUGGGAUGGAUAUCCUAAUCACCCAAUGACAUUUUUGCUGAAGCUGUGGUGGGUUGUCCAAGCUGCAUACUGGAUCCACACCAUUCCUGAAUUGUACUUCCAGAGAGUGAAAAAAGAUGAGUGGGCAGGUCGCAUCAGACAAGCAAUUGUUGCCUUUACAUUUGUUGCAUUGGCUUACUCUUUCAAGUUCCAACGUGUUGGAGUUGCCCUGAUAGUUCUUCAUUCGCUUGCUGAGUUUAUUGCUCACUCCUACCGCCUCAAUACCAUUCUCAGGGGUGAACGAGAGGACUAUUUAGACAAGUUUUUGGGAGUAGUCAACGGCGCAGUGUUCGUAUCAGUAAGACUGUGCUCGCUGGUACUUGGCGUGCUUACUUUUUACUUUGGACUAGCUGGAGCAGCGCCGCUUCUCGUACGUGUGGCAGCACUUUCCAUUCUUGUCUCUUUCCAGGUAUACCUGAUGUUCAACUUCAUCUCUGAAACUAUGAAGCAACGCCAAGAAGCGCGCCAAUUGGCUCAGAGCAAACCCAAGAAGGAGAGGAAAGAGAAGCCCAAAAAGGAAAAAGUAAAGAAAGUCCAAAAUGAAGAAUCUGAUCUUCCCGAAGUUGAUCAAAACACCAACAAGACAUUACGGCAACGUCCAAUUGCCGUCAAGAAGUAA